AUGGACGAUCCAAACGCCAAACAGAGUCGCUCACAAGAAGAGAGCCAACCUGCCGUUGCCUUUCAUGGCGGCUGUUCCUGGGACUACUCGGGCAUGGAUUUUGUCCAACGAAAGAAAUUCGUCAUUGCCGAUGUUCUGGAUGCCCCGUUUCCACCGUCGCCCAAAGUGGCACAAGCCCUUCAUUCUGUUGGCGUGGAGUGUACGAGUCGAGAGUCCCCUCCUACCAAUGCGGAACAGUUGUUGCAACUUCUGGCAACAACCCGCAAUGUUCGAAAAGAGCAUUUGUUGGUUUCGAGCGGUUCUUCCAGCAUUCUCUUCUCCAUUGUGCCACGGCUGCUCCCACCCAAAAACGCCCGUGUCUUGAUGCUUCGUCCUACGUACUCGGAAUAUCCUCAUUUGCUACAGCAUGUGUGUGACUGUUCCGUGAUGGAUACCGUCGAUGUGGACCCACACACUUUUCACGACGGCAAGCAAGUCUUGCAAGAAAUUGCGCAUCGAGUGUCAAAAACUGGAAACUACGACGGUGUCUUUUUGGUCAAUCCCAACUCCCCCACUGGCACGGGAUUUCGCUCGACGGAUUUACAAGACUUGGCACACACCAUGGCAGUGCAGUCGCCUCACACUAUUCUAUGGAUUGACGAGUGCUAUAUGGAUUACGCCAGCGUUUCCAAUCCUGACCGAUUCAGCACGUUGGAACCCUUGAUUGGUUCGUCUUCCAGCAAAUACCGAAACCUGUUUAUUUGCAAGUCACUCUCCAAAUGUCUGGCACUGAGUGGCCUUCGUGUGGCCUAUUUGGCAGGACAACGGUGUGCAGAACUGCGCCGUUGGAUUCCUCCAUGGUCCGUCAGUUUGCCGGCUCAAAUCGCUGCCAUGGCUGCCUUGCAAGAUCCACAGUAUUACCACCAAAGCUAUCAAAAAGUCCUGCGAGCUCGUGGGAAAUUUGUAGAGGCGCUUCAAAGGAAGGGAUUUCAUGUGACGGACGGAGUGGCAAACUUUGUUUGUAUACAUGGCAUAACCAAUGCUGCACCCAUUGUGGACCAGUGUCGAAAGCGGCAUGGAGUCUUUCUACGAAUGAUUGAUGCAUCGACAAUCCGCAUUGCAGCCAGACUAGAUGAUAAUGGCCAAGAAAAGAUCUUGGAGGCGCUCUGUGCCGCCACGGGAGAGGCGACGAACAAACACGAAAAGCAUCUCCAAACACCGCUGCUUGGUCAAAUCUACCGCCAGAAAACACUGCACCCAACGCAUUACUAUUCAUGGCACGUUCCACCCGAAACAGUUUUGGUGUUUGCCGCAUUCACUUGCUUGGCAAUGUCGUGUGUCCUGCAAACGGACAAGGCACGAUAUCUUUUUGCGGGGUUGGCGAUUUCGCCAAUGAUCCUUGCUUUUCUCUUAAUGAUGACCCCAAGAAACAAUGGAGCGGAUACAACAAGCCUACCGCUGCUCCUCCACCAGCUCUUGGCAACAAUGUCUUGGACGGCUACAUUGUUUCUUGUAGAUCUCAACGAAUACCUAUUCUUGGGAUUUACGCUGGGCGUCUUUGCUUCCGAGCUUACCAUCCUUCCCAGGGAUGAUAUUCCCACGUGCCUGCAUCAUUUGUCGGCCGUGGGGUUGAUCCUCGUUCACCUGUUUUAUGCGUUGACCGAUGAUCGCAUGCAGUUGACAGCCGUCAAUUGGUUUUGUGCCGUGUCGUGUCCAUCCUACACGUGCGUUCCCAAACUAUGCCAACGAUUCCGCCUGUUUGCAAAACCCACACAAGAUGCGGUGUGGUGUGCGGCUCUGCUUUUGUGGGUCUUUGGACGCGUCUUGACAUUGCACCAUGUUUUGGGUUUUGGUUAUUACCGUUUGCCAAUCAUGACGGCUCCCUGGUUGGAACACGAAACGCUGCUUUCACCCAUCUACUAUUCAUAUGUGGUGGCGACAGUGUUGCUCUUUGGACUCUACGCUGUCAACAUCUAUUGGUCCUACAAAAAGCUACACAGUGUCCAAAAGACCGCGGCCAAGUACCUGUAA